GAGAGGUGGGCAUAUCAGAGCGCAUUCAGAGCAUUAUUAUCACUAUCAGCAUUAUUUGUCUGGUGACAUUGGCCUCCAUAGAAGGAGACACGUUACAAUAGGUGCAUACCAACAGCGGUUGCCAGUCGUGGCUGCCACCAUAAACUUAAAGGCUAGUGAUAUAUGAGGUUGGAUGAGACUGCACAGAUGUCGGUGACGCGGGUUGUACGCACCAUUCCAUCAUACCUCGCCGCGGGAUUUCAGACUGACUACGAGAAACUUCUGAGUAGAUUUGCAGUGACAGGAAGCGUGAGAUACGAGGAAUUUGCAAAGAUAUGGAAGGAAAUGAGAUUUCCGUUGAUUUUCUGUGGUAGAUCAAGUCAAAAGGAGCUCUGCUUGUUUGCAUCAGAAUGCCUGAGUGCUGCACAAAAGCUCAUGCAGCCUUUGUACACACUGCAAGCUAGAGUUGGAGCCCUGUACUUACUAUAUGGCCUCUAUUUCAUACAACCCUUAGACCCAAGAGAAAGGGUUAGAGUAACUUUACAGCAGUGGAAGGAACUAAUUGAACUGGAAAGUAUAUUAGUCGAACAGCAACACCAUGACGCUAGAUUUUGCCUACUUAAAAUGAAAAUUGACGAAGCCUUUCUAUUUGUUGCAACUACAACAGAGAUGGGGCCUCUUUCAUUAAAGGUCAACACUGAGCUGGAUGGAAUUGCAGAGGAUCUCAAGGCUCAGAAGAGUGAACUUACAGAGCUAACUCAAACGGACAGUUUUGAGCAACUCGAGGCAAUUCACAAUCAGUAUCAGAGCAUGAAGCGUGCCCUCUGCGGCCCGGACGCUUCCGCACCCGACUUCUCUCUGAACGUGGUUCACAAGAAUAUCGCUGCUGUCAUAGGAAGGACAGUAGCAGAACGUGCAACAGACAGGAAAAGGACAUACAGAAGGGAUGAACCGUUGAUGUCAGAAGAGGAUGAAGUAAUAGAUGAAUAUGAAGACGAGCGUGUACCCAGAUCGUCUACAGCUGAUAAACGAAUGGCGAUAAAGAAGAAAGCUAUGAAUCUGGUUCCAACAGCUCCUAAAGACAGAAGACACCGGCAAGCUAAAGCUACGUCUUCGCCGCAACGAAAUGCAAAGAGAGCGACAAGACCCAGAUUGAAACCGACAGAAUUGCCGACUGAAGAAGAAAUGGAAGGAAAGACAACUCUGAGUAUGCCGACUUUCCACGUUGAGACGGAGUGUAAGAAGCGUGGAAGAAAAAGUGCAAAGGCAAAGGCAUCUAGCAGAAUAGGGUCGCCGAAGAAAGAUAAAUCUAGCGUGAAGCCUAUAUCUGAAAACGUGAAGAGUCACAGGGGAAAGGAAGAUGCUUCUGCAUCGAGCCUUGCCACGUCCCCUACCGUGGAGCCGAAUCCUCCGAAACGAAGAAGGAAAGGAAAACAGCCUGUACUUCAUGCUAGUGAACUGUUAGUGAAACGUGAAAAGCCAGCAAAAAAGUCCAAGCCCACCAAAAAAACGAAGGCAUCGUGCAAAUAGACUAAUUCAUUAAAUACUCAAAAGUCACUUGUUUUUCUCCAUAAUAUUAUUAUUAAAGCUGUUCAAUAAGAUGUUGAAUUGAUGUAUGCUUAGUGGCAUUUGAUACAUACGAAUAUUAUUUUUGCAGUAUAUAAUAUAUAAGCAAUUUUGCCUAUUUUGACAUAUUUUAUGUAAUAGUAAAGUGAUAUCAUGUGAUGUUCAA